AAACAAGUAUUUACGAGUGGAUAUAAAGUUCUUGUCUUAUGAGAUCAUAAAUAAACCAACUAAUCGCAUACUAUAGUUUAUUAUUUUCAGUAGAUUUGGAUCAACAUUUUCUUGUCUCGGACUUGGUUCAAAGUAUUGUAAUUUUCUAUAACGUAAAACUUGAUUAUUUUCGGUUCUCAAGUUCGUUGGCUAGUUUAGAUAAUUGAUGAUUGGAAAACUGUAGCUAGGGUUCUUUAGUUUACGUAUUAGUUAUUAAUAUUAUCAAGCAAUUAUUAAUCAUAAUUUUUAUUUCAUGACAACUAGCUUAUAAUUGUUUAGUGAAAGUUAGUAAGCUCAUAAUUUCAUAAUCACUCAUACAUUUCUAUAGUCAUUUGUUUGUUUAGAGAACAUAGAAUUUUAUUCCAUAACAAGACCUUAAGACAUACAAUAACGUACAUAAUUUUUAUAAUUUUAUAAUAUUUUAAAUAUACAUGCAAAAUAACUAGAGGAGCUCUCAGUCUCUUACUAUAAAACCAGAGCACAUGCUCCUCUCACUAACCACACAACAGAGAAGUAAUAAAACCCAUUUGUGGAAAGACAGAAAACAAAGAAACUAGUUAUGGCGAAGGACGUGGAAGCUGUUUCCGGAGAAGGGUUUCAGACAAGAGACUAUCAAGAUCCACCGCCGGCGCCUCUGUUUGAUCCGGAGGAGCUGACCAAGUGGUCUUUUUACAGAGCUGUCAUUGCCGAGUUCGUAGCUACUCUCCUCUUCUUAUACAUCACCGUUUUGACAGUCAUCGGUUACAAGAUUCAGACCGAUAGUACCGCCGGCGGCGUUGACUGCGGUGGAGUUGGGAUCCUUGGUAUCGCUUGGGCUUUUGGUGGCAUGAUCUUCAUCCUUGUCUACUGCACCGCCGGUAUCUCUGGUGGUCACAUUAACCCGGCAGUGACAUUCGGGCUACUCUUGGCACGUAAAGUGUCGUUGGUUAGAGCCAUAUUGUACAUGGUAGCUCAGUGUUUGGGUGCGAUAUGUGGAGUUGGGUUCGUCAAAGCCUUCCAAAGCUCUUACUACGUUCGUUACGGCGGUGGAGCCAACUCUCUAGCCGACGGCUACAGCACAGGAACAGGCCUCGCCGCAGAAAUCAUCGGUACUUUCGUUCUUGUCUACACCGUCUUCUCCGCCACUGACCCUAAACGUAGUGCCAGAGACUCCCACGUCCCAGUGUUGGCGCCACUUCCCAUUGGAUUUGCGGUGUUCAUGGUGCACUUGGCUACCAUUCCCAUCACCGGAACUGGAAUCAACCCGGCAAGGAGUUUCGGAGCAGCCGUUAUCUUCAAUGAGAGCAAGCCAUGGGAUGACCACUGGAUAUUUUGGGUGGGACCAUUCGUUGGAGCUGCGAUAGCUGCAUUCUACCACCAGUUCGUUCUGAGGGCUUCAGGUUCCAAAUCUCUCGGAUCUUUCAGAAGUGCUGCCAACGUCUAAAUACUCUCUCAUUCACCAAGCAGAUUCUGAAAUAAUAAAGAUGAUAUGUACAAAUUAUCCAAAUCAGUUUCAGUUUGUUAUCUUAUCUGUGUGUUUUCUACUUGCUCUUUACUGUGUUUUCGUUGAGUGUAAUUGUUAUUAUUUUACGCCAAUGUCAAGUUUAUCAAGUGAUUGGAAUUGAAAAUCAAAGAGGUUAUGGUUUGA